AUGUGUCGCCUGCUGAACAUAUUGUUGGCUCUGCUGAGUCGCUUCCUGUUCGCGGUCCACGGGGUCGUGACAGUCUGGAGAGUUAUCGCUGUUAAAGGGGAGCCCCUUUACUGGCUGCUGCUGACGGGUGUGGCUCUACUGGGCGUAGAAAUGGCGGUCACUCUCAAAUGCACCCGGAACGCAGAGUGGAAAUGGUUCUCCCCCAUGGUUUUCCUCUAUCUCAGCACUGUCAUUCCAUCCAUUUGGUUUCUUGAGCUGAGUCUGCUACAGUCCAAGCUUCCUCUCAACAGUUCCUCCAGCCACGAGCUUCACUUGCUGCACCUCCCGGUCACAGUGGACAUUGCGGAGCUGGAGCCGGAGAACUGGGUGGCUGGACUGGAGCAGACCAUGCUCAUAGUACUGGUUUUGGGGCGAUGGCUCAUGCCCAAAGGGGACAUGUCCCGGGAUCAGCUCUCCCAGCUUCUCAUGGUGUAUAUAGGACUGGGCGCUGACAUCCUGGACAUUUUUGACACCUUCAAAGAACCAGAAGUCAAAACCAACAAGGCGGUUGUUGUCAUUGGCCUGGCUCUCUUCUCUUGGGCACUCAUGCAGUUUCCUCUGGUUCUCACCCAGACCCGACCCCCAAACAGCGAGACUCUUCAAAGGGGCAGGGGGAGUCUCCACUGUUGUCACCGACCUCCACCUUCAGUUGCCUCCUGCUGCUCCAGUGAAGCAUGGAGCUUGCUGCUCACAGUUGGACUCCAAGACGGCCCGUUCCUGGUUUAUCGUCUGUACCUCAUGGUGCAAGAGCAAGUUCUCAACCAGCUCAUGAUUUUCUUCACCUGCAAGAACAUCCUCGUGGUCUUGUUAGAGCUUUACAGGAUCUUUGUGGUGCAGUGCGAGCAGCAGCUCCGCGAGUCGUUGGUGGAAAAGUGCGAAGCUUCGUUGUUCCGCUGCCGAGCCCCGAGGAGCAGUAAGCAAGACGAACAAGAGGCUGAAGAGGGACACCGUUCAGAGCCGAGCUGUCAUCCAGAUGUGGAGAUGGCAGCAGAUAAAGGAUCACAGAGCUGUCCAGGUAAAGAAAGGCUGUAA